UACGGUGCAGAAACAUUUGACAUCGAUAAAUGCGUGAGAGUACUCGUGAAGUGCGGAGGUGCCAGGCUGUCGUUCGUUCGUCGGCUCCUCGUCGUCGUCGUCGCGGUGCCCCGUUGCCGUGUUCGUCGCCGUCGAAUGUCCAUGUGUCACGUAGACUCGUGAUCCAAGAAGUAUUCAGGGAUAAAGUUGAGGUGAAAAUAACACAUCGGGGAGCAUCACUGGAUAAAUAUUAAUAAUACAGUGGUCUAAUGUGAAUGUGAAUUCAAGACGUCCACGCUAGUGUCUGUGUGUGAGAAUUUUUUUAUCAUAUUUUUUUCCUCGGAGUGAAAGUGAAUGACUGAUUUUUCGUUGACUUUUGUUGAUAUUCCCCGUGAGAAUAACGUGAUAUUAACGGGACAAAUCGUCGAUCAAGAAGUGAGAAUAUUUUUUUUUUCUACUCGGUGGGGAAAACAAAUCCCUUGUCCUCCCCCUUCGGGAUUUUUGGGUGCGUUUUAUUUCUCCUUUGGAGUUAACGUUGGCUGUGUACUGGAUAUCGCUCGUGCUUAUUGUGUAGUGGUAGAUCGUUGGAGCCGUUAACGGUUCGGGAAUAACACAACGUCACGCAAGCGUACACAAACACACGCGUACGCUCCUCCGACUUUUUUUCCUCAUUAAAGAAAACUAAAUAAGUAAUAAAUCAUUGUACAGAAUUGGUAGGGCCCAGUACCCCUGUAAAACCAAAAGAAUAAUUAUAUACACCAGGGGACAUGUGUGCUGGAGGAUUUUGACUGUGCAGAGGUGUAAACAAACGUGUUUAUCUUUUUUUUUUCUUCUGUUAUUGUGCGCCGGCCGGCCGGCACGAAAUAAUCGAGGACAACCAGCUAGUUGAACCAGCAAAACGGCUGUUAACUCGCAACUUGGAUUUAUUAAUCAUAAGACAAAGUAACAGCCAGUGAAAACAAGCUGGAAAUAUGAGCAUUGCUGCACUGCUGCAGGCCGCUGAGUACAUUGAACGAAGAGAAAGAGAAGCUGAGCAUGGAUAUGCAUCGACUAUGCCCGUUCCUGAUGAUCUUCGGACGAUCACCAAGAGGCCAAAGACGAAAAAAUCACAGGGUAGUCGAACGACCCACAACGAGCUGGAAAAAAAUAGGCGGGCGCACCUCAGAAACUGCCUGGAAAAGUUGAAAGUACUUGUGCCUCUGGGGCCUGAAACGUCGAGGCACACCACCCUCGGUCUUCUCACCAAGGCCAAGCGAUUUAUCAAGAGUCUUGAGGAUAGGGAAAGAAAGCAUUCGGCUCACAGAGAACAAUUGUCACGUGAGCACAGAUACCUCAGGCGAAGACUCGAGCAAUUGACAAAUCAAACGGGCCUCCAUGGUUUGCGUGGUAUACACGGCUUGGAUAAUAUCCAUGCAUUAAGUACAAGUGCACCAGCGAGUACGUCAUGCAGUCAAGCGGCUGCAGCAGCUGCAUUACUCUCCAAGAGACGAAGUGUCUCCGAAUGCUCGGUCACCACUGUCUCGUCCACGGGCUCAGCUGUGAGCUCCGGUAAUUCCGACAGAUCCACUGGCAGUCCAUCCUCUGUUUCGGAAUCAGAUGAAGUCGAUGUGAUUGGAUACACGAGCAACCAGUCGGACACAGACGACCACAGCAGCAUCCAGAGUAGCAGCGACAGUGGUGUUGCAAUGUCGACUUCACGACUGACUCUCUCCGAAAUGAUGGACAAUCUCUAGACAAACAUGUGAGGAGUUACAUAACGAGGGAGCAUUCCGGAGGAUGUUGUAUCGAGGAUGGCGCAAAAAUUAAUUGGCUAAAAUCAAUGUCGAACCUACAAACUUUCAUGCACGAGAACGGAAGAACAUAAAAAAAAGAAAGAAACCAGUGGUUAAAAAGCUAUAAAGCCAUCCUGAGGAUAUGCUGGUCGAAACGAGAGAAUUUCAGUAACAAAUUAGCAUCGCUCAAUCCCGGUCAUUAGAAAGAACGUUUGAUAAAUUGAGUUGACUAGAGUGAAAAAUAAAUGGACGAGGUCUUAGCGAAUGGUACGGCAGCUAUGAGAGACCCUCGGAGAAAAUUAAUCGUUUGGAUUUGAUGAAUUGGCUGGCUCCCGAGAGCGUUGUCUGUAAAUUAAUUUAAAUGUCUCACUUGUAAAAGUAUUGUAUAUAAAAACAAAAAAGUGAUGAGGGGUGAGUGGUCACGAUUAACGUGAUUAUUGGUAUGCAUAGGAGGAAUAUGAAAGUGAGGAAGAGUACGGAAUGGAGUGAAUUUACGAGCGCCACUAGAAUGACGUUUUAAUCGUGGAUUAAUUUCCCAGGAAGAUGAAUAGGCAAACACACAAACAACAUUAAUGAAAUCUAAACGAUAUUGGUGCGUUCUGCAGAUUCACCCAGGAGGAAUGCUAAAAAAAAAACAAAAAAAGCCCAAAAAAAAGAUAAUGGAUGAAUUUUCCGGAUUUUUAAUUUACUUUGUCCAGCACUAUUAAAUCUAGAAGCAUAGAGAAAACAGAAGAAGCUUUGAAUCGCGUCUAAAGCUUACUCGUAACUAUUAAUUUAUUAUUAUUUUUCUUUAUUGUCGAUUUUACCAAAGGUAUCCGACAAAUAUCCGUCAGUGAAUUAAAACAAAGAAAGAAACAAAAAAAAAAUAUAUAUGUCUUAAUUAUUUUUCACUGAUUUCUUUUGAAAAAAGAAUGAUGAAAAAAACACAAUCAUAAAUUAUUAACGCCACUAUCUGCUCUCGAAGCUCGCGAUUACCGUAUCUUUUAUACGUAUGCACAUAAAUAUAUACACAUAUAUUAUGUACAUUUCUUUCUGUUUAUUAUUAUUUCUUUUCACUUUUAUUCUACACCACAGAGGAAGAGAGAAUUUUUUUUUUUACAUCGUCCCCUUUCACAUUUUCAGACAACACAUUCGAGUGGGUCCAUUGAGGCACAACUUAGGCGUGAAUAACAAGAGAUAAAUUAACAAACAAAAUGAACAUUCAAGUGCUCUCAUGAACGUUUAAACAUACUUCGGUACGUGAAAUAAAAAAGAAUAGAAGGUAAAAAUGGGAAAAAAAAAUGAUAAAAAGCGCAAGCUGCAAACGGGCAAAUAUGACACAGGGACGCGUGUACAAGCGCGUCACAAAAUAUUAUUAAAAAGAAGAAAAAAAUAAAUAAAGUCACGUAAAAAAAAAUGAAACCUGCGAGCAUGUGGUGUUGCGGCACUUUAACAAAACUAAAUGAAAAAAAUUAUCAUAUUAUUAAGUAUUAAAUGAAGAAAAAUGAUAAUAUUAUAAAUGAAAGAGUACAAAUUCUUUAAGUCCCUGUAUCAUGUGCAACCCGUGAGUUUAAAAUGAUGAAAAAAAAAAGAAGAUAACAAGUAUGAGCGAGGCGUCUGCCUACGGUGCUCCUAUAGUAACGUUAACGUAAUGCGAAUGUGGAAAAUUAACAUUGAGAUUGUGCGCGAGUGUCUGUUGAUUAAUUUGUGUGAUUGUGGUAAUAUUAAUGGAGAAAAUUGCAAGGACAAGGGAGGGAAGAGCAGACGAUAGGAGUGAAGAUUGACAUGUUGAUACUGAUAAGGAUUGAAUAAAUUAAGGUAAUGCUCGAGACUGAUAAGAAACAAAAAUGAAACGAGUGAUCUCUUAAAAACAAUUGGUUUAGGAAACACGAGAUAAAUUUGUGAGGGAUAAGGAUGUCGUAUGUGAUGACGAGGAUGUCCUCUUUUUUGGUUCACCCCAGAAAUCACAUAUUCUUUUGAUUACAUGACUGGAUGAAUAUUUUUUCUCUUCUUUUCUUUUUUGUAUGUCCGAAGUACGGUUUUUUUAUGCCAUUAUUUCAGCUGCCAAGUGGCAAAGUGCAUAAGGCGAAUUAAACAUUUUUAUCAAUUAUCGAUUUAUCACGAAAAUGAUCAAUUCGACGCGGAAACGUUGAACGACUUAUUCGUAGCUCAUUAAUAUCCCGAGACAAAAGAUAUUUCGAUGUUUUCACUGAUAAUCGGUAGUUUUUUUUUUUAGAUUCAUCGGUUUUUAAUGAAAAUAGAAUUUGAAUUAUUUAAUUUUACCGCUUUGCUACUGAUUUAACAGAUUUAUUUCGUUUCCUCCCUUUUUCGUUCGGAGUGAAUGACUUGUGUGGCUGGAUUGGAGUGAGAGUGACUUGAUAACGUGCGAGGAUGAAAAUAUGGCAUUAAAUGUACGGUUUAUGCAGCAGUAAUACGAAUUGAUGUAGUGCAAAUGCGUUUUACAAUGAUUGAACCAACUCCUGCAGACAAAGUGAGAAAGUUUCUUGAGUUGUUGAUCCACCGUUCGGUGUAAUCAUAAGUUCUUUUAUCAUGAACCAUCGAAAUAACAAAAAAAAAAAAAGAAAUGAAUAAUGUGAACAGAUAAUGAAAUCAUCCCAUCGCGUCCAACGCUGUCCGGUCUAAUGUUAAGGAUCACGCCCUUUCGAUCAAUAAAAUCAUCCGAUUUAUCAAUUGUCUCGAAGGGACACAGACAACUGCUAUUACGAGAAUGACGAGGAUAUGGAGAACACAAAAAUGAUUUUGAAAAUGAAUAAAAAAAAUAACAAAUAUGAAUUAAUUAUAAAAAUGGGUGUUAUUUUUAGAUGUCUAUUAGAUUAUCAGAACCACAUUAAAAAGAAUAACAAAAAUAUACAAAAAAAAUAUAUAAGAGAUAAAAUAAGUGAAAAGAAAUGCUUCAACAUUACAAAAAACAGUGGUAUAUACAUACAAAUAAAGAAAAAAGAAAAAAACAUACUACUACCGUACUUGUAAUAAGAUUAUAAUUAAUGAAAAAUGGACGAUCUAGAAGAGAAAAAAACUAAAAAGGAAAAAAAAUAUAUAUAUAUUAAAUGAAGUUUGUUGAACGUAAAUCUUUGCUGAAGCGAGGAGACAAAUCUGUACGCGCACGUCUGCUCGGUGACUGUCCAAUACUCAUUGAGAGAAUUCUUCAAUUAUUUAUUACCGAUGAUUAAUACAAUCUCACGAAAAUAAACAUGAAAAAAAAACAAACGAAAGACUUGCUACAUUUAUAUUCCCAAAUUUGUAUUCACUGUUGCGAUUUUGACACACCGAUCAGACUAUUUGUACCUCUCGAUUAUUCCUCAAUCGAAUCAAACAGUUUUAACACCUCGAGAAAUAACUUUCUGCUUUAAUUGUUUAGAAAUGCGUACUACAAACGGAAAUUUUAAUGAACGAAAAUAAAAAAAAACAUAUGCAAAACAAAAAAAAACUAAAAUUAAACUAAAAUAAAUACAAUAAUUGUAAGUAUAUUGGUAUCCGUGGAGAUACCGAUUCCCGUGAAAAUCGAGAUACUAAUACGGGGGCUCAGUCGAGCCUCUUGAGACGAUUGAGAUGUGUCAGGCCCUCACAAUAAUUCGAUACAAUAAUGACAAACGGUGAAAACAACUUCAGAGUAAAAGUGCGGUCCUUUUCUCCGUUGCUGUUGAGCCAGAUGUCAUCCCUGAGCACUAAAAUAAAAACCCUGCAAUAUGGCACACUCGAGAGCCCCCCGAAAGUCCUCACAAACAUCCGAGAAAAUUUAUAAAUUUUAUCAGUCGAUGGAGAGACGAAGCGCCGGAAGAUGA